CGUCAUCGACUGUUUUGACAAACAUUUUGUAAGCGUCGAUUUGCAGUUAGUAUCAAUACAUUUAUGUCAUUUUAUGAAAGGCCGUUUACUUUUGAGUUUAUUCGAGGAGCAGACUAUCAUUUUUAGCCAAGCAACCAAGUCUUCGUGGGAGGAAAAUGUAUUCUGAAAGAGGGAGUAUAUAGACGAUCAACUUACAGAGGAGCGGCCAUUGUACCAUAGAAAGCACGCGCAAUUGUGUUUCUCAGCUCGAUGGGAUAGCAACCCACGCCACUUGUCUGGCUUGCAGCUGUAGGUAUGGACUCCUCCCUCUACUUGUGCUCUACCUGCUACCAGAUAUUCAACUCUCUGGAGGUGGUGAUCUCUCAUCAGCUCACCUGCCAACCUGUCAACACAGAGGAGACGGUCCCUGCAGCGCCACCUACAGCACAGACCGAGAGCUCCAGAGUGGUGCUUCAGUCUCAGAAUGGACCAUCCCAGCACCAAGAGAGAAACCAAAAGAGAACCUUCAUGACGAACCCAAACCUGCCCUACCUGCACUCCCUCAUAGAGAAGAGAGCGACUGGAAGUCCGACUGGUUCCAACAGCCCUCAGAACCAGACCCAAACGCAAAACCUGACUAGCCCGGCCCUGCUCAUCCACUAUCAGUGUAGGGAAUGUGAGGCGUUGUUUGAGUCCCUGGAGCUGUGGCAGAAGCACAGCAAGAUGGGUGACUGUUCUGCAACCACUGGGUCAGAACCAAAGGACCAGGAAAUGGACACAGAGUGUCUGCCUGCUGCCUGUAGUUCCAAUCCAACUGCUUCCUCCUCGAGCCAGACCUCCUUCUGUGCGGCCUGUGGCUCGGGCUUCAGCACCGAGUCGGCGCUAAAGCUGCACCGUGUGGCCAUCCACGGCUUGCCGGGGGCGCUACAUCACUGUGACGUGUGUGGAGAGAGCUUUAUGAACACUACCAAGUACCUCUACCACCGCAGGCAGCAUCGAGACAGAAGGGAAAAGGACUCGGAGGGCUCCACACCCCGGGUGGAGGGCAUUUUACCUAAGCCUCUGUUCCAGUGGAAAAGCAACAGUGCUGUGGUGAAUGGCGGAGAAGAGACCCCGACCCAUCCACCCCUCACUACCACCACCCUCCCUGACCCUUCCACCACCCUACUGGCCCUGGAAACAACACCCGGGGACCACUUCGGACCGUGUCCCCACUGCGGGCGUUUCUUCAAGAGCUGCAGCCGCAUGCGCACCCACAUCCAGGCCCACUCAGGCCUCAAGCCGUUUAAGUGUGACCUCUGCCCCAAGACGUUCGCCUACAACAGAUGCGUGGCACGCCACCGUAUCACCCACAGCGCCCGCAAGCCUUACACCUGCCUGCGCUGCGGCAAGAGCUACACACUGUUGGGCUCGCUCCAGACCCACCACCUACUACACGAACGCCAGGAUGCCUUAAACAAAGAUGGUGUUGUGGUCAAGGAGGAGGUUUGCGGUGUGGUCAAUGAUGCAGAGUCAAAGAACUCAAAGUACCCAACGUUUUUUCGAUACAAAUGCCCCGAUUGUCCACGCUGCUUCCGAAUGUCAUCUCAAGUGCCGGUUCACAGAUACUCUCACACAGGGAAGUAUCCGUUCACCUGCUCCAUCUGUGGAGAACACUUCUUCCACAAGAGCAGGCUGAAGCGCCAUGCUCUCACACACGAUGGUCAGAGUAAUACUAAUAGAGUGGUGGACAUAGGCCUGGUUAAGGGAACAGACCAGGGUAGAGGCCGUGGCCAAGGCGGAAGGCGGGACAAGACCACAGGGCUUCUGGACUGUGAGUUCUGCCGCCAUCGCUGUGUCACCAAGGAAGGCCUGGACCUCCACAGAUUGUCCCACGCCGGACAGACCCCCUUACGCUGCCCGAUGACCCCCUGCAGACGGCGCUAUGCAACGGCCGCCUCCCUGGAAGAGCACCUCCUUACCCACUGCCCGGCGCCCGGGGACACGGUGGCCGCCGCCGACCUCCCCAAGCCCCGUCCCUUCCACUGCCAUCACUGUGGGAAGUACUUCACCACCGGCUCAUCACUCAGCGUCCACCUUAGAGUCCACACGGGGGAGAAGCCCUUUCAGUGCUCCCAAUGUUGGAAGAGUUUCCGACAGAUCCCUCACCUGCGCGACCACGAGCGCCUGCACAGCGGCGAGCGUCCCUUCGUCUGCGGUGUCUGUGGCAAGAGCUUCGUCCUGGCCGCCCGCCUCACUGAGCACGCCCGCACUCACAGUGGCGAGAAACCAUUCUCCUGCCCUGUGUGCCACCGGGCCUUCCGCUCCCUCUCCAACCUGGGAAAGCACCGCAAGACCCACCGCUGCUGCCCCCCCACACAGCCACAAGAGGGCAUCAGCGAGCAGAUCGCUGUCCUAGGGGUCAAAAUUCAGGGGAAUAUGGACAAUAUGGAGGGUCAGGCGGCCGUGCGUACGAUCUUACUUGUUCAGCCCCAAGUGGUCUCUCAGGGAGGAUCUUCUUCCAUAUCUGCUCCCCUCAUCCUCCUGCACCCCUCAGUUGCUGUGGGCAACGGGCAGGCCGGGGCUGUGGGGGGCACCAUUAUGCGGCAUGCCAUCGAGGUCAUCGUGGAGCAGGCUGGUGAGCAGCGGGUGAAAAGUUGAUGUAACUUCACUGGUGAGACAUUUCACAAGAGGCUGCCAAGGUCACCUGGAUGAAAAUCAUUUCUGAGAAGAACUGUCACAAUCUAAAAGGAGGAUAAGAAGUGGGUGGAGAGCAGGGAGUGAGGGGAACGGAGUGAAGUGGGACGUGAAUAAAUAAAAUGUGAAGGAAUGGUGCGGUGUUAGGAUUACGAGGAUCAGUUUUCAAUUUAAGUACAGAUGUAUAGAAUGGUUUGAAGUAAGUUACUUCUAAUAGAAUGUUUUUGAGCCUGUGUUCAAUCUCAAUUUGACACAGAGUGCCUUCACAAUCUGUUGUAUUUCUUUGAAUAAAAUGCUCUCUUUCCA